UUGCCCCGGUGACGGUGGCCCUUCGGCCCGGGCUCGUCGCCCUCCGGCUGCGGCUCGGUCCAGCUCCUCCCGCAGGUGAUGGAGAAGUACCAGGUCCUGGGCCUCAUCGGGGAGGGCAGCUACGGGGUGGUGAGCAGGUGCAGGAAUAAGGAGAGCGGGCAGGUGGUGGCUGUCAAAAAGUUCCUGGAGAGCGAGGACAACGCGGCAGUGAGGAAGAUCGCCGUGCGGGAGAUCAAACUGCUGAAGCAACUCAGGCAUGAGAAUCUUGUGAGCCUGCUGGAAGUGUAUAAAAAGAAGAAACGGUGGUAUCUGGUGUUUGAAUUUGUGGAUCACACGGUGCUUGAUGAUCUUGAGGCAUCUCCAAAUGGACUAGACUACAGCAGGGUUCGGAAAUACUUAUUUCAGAUUUUGAGAGGAAUAGCAUUUUGUCACAGCCAUAAUAUAAUACAUCGGGAUAUUAAGCCAGAGAACAUAUUGGUCUCCAAGUCAGGAGUGGUAAAACUCUGUGAUUUUGGUUUUGCUCGCACAUUGGCAGCUUCUGGGGAAGCUUACACAGACUAUGUGGCAACUCGAUGGUACAGAGCUCCAGAGCUGCUGGUGGGAGACACGAAAUACGGCAGGGCUGUGGAUGUGUGGGCUACUGGCUGUCUGGUAACAGAAAUGCUCACAGGAGAGCCCCUGUUCCCUGGAGAUUCAGACAUUGACCAGCUCUACCACAUCACCAAAUGCCUGGGUAAUUUAAUUCCAAGACACCAAGAGUUAUUCUGUAAAAAUCCCCUUUUUGCUGGCAUGAGGUUGCCUGAAGUGAAAGAGGCUGAAUCUCUGGACAGAAGAUAUCCUAAGCUCUCUGCUUCAGUACUAGAUUUAGCCAAGAAGUGUUUGCAGAUUGACCCAGACAAAAGACCAUCCUGUGCUGAACUCUUGCAGAGCGAUUUCUUUAACAAGGAUGGAUUUGCUGAAAGUAGAUUUGCUCAGGAGCUUAAAUUAAGAACUCACAAAGAAACUAGGGACCAUCAGUUACAAAAAAAAUCAAAAGUCAGCAGAAGGGAUAAAGAUGAUGCUGUGGAAGAAAGGAAGAUGGUUGGUGUACAGGAUUUCAACACUGACCCAAAGAGCAGAGAUGCGAAGGUGUUCAAAGUGAAGUGUUCUAAAGCUGAUGGAGAGAAAGGAGAGCGAUCUUCUGACCUGAGCUCCCUCUAUGACAGUGCAAUCAACCCAUUCAAAAUAUGCUCUCAAGCCAACCUGAAAGAUUCCAGUAGCAACUUGGGCUACAUCAAGAAUGCAGGCAUCAUUAUUCCUCCCAUUAACCGGAAUGUUUCUCCCACUGUGUCUGCAAUGAUGCCUGUGCCUAGGAACUGUAACUACAGAGUUGAUGAAAGGAGUAAGAAUUAUUUGAAACCAUUUUUAAAGCAAAUGAAGCAUUCUCCAGCAGGCCAUUACAGUGUAAGCUUGACUUCGGUCUCUAAUGAAAAGAACAUCCUUCAGGCCAGUAAGAAGAAACGGGAAUUCUCUAAGACAGAUGUGCAUUUGCCAGAGCUAAAUCAUCUCCCUGAACUGAAAGGAGUGGAAGGAUGGCAUCCCAGAUAUCUCAAAAAGGAAAAUAAAACAGUUUCAGAGUCCCGGGUCCCCUCUCUUGCUGCUAUUGACCUUCAUAACACAAGUCUGGCCUCACAGCAGAAGCAAAACUUGCCUUGGUUUCUCAGCUGUCUGCAGACAAAAAUUGGAAGAAAGGGUUGAGAUGAUUCUUGUGAAGGCUCCCUGCCCCCCUGACAUCAUACAGGUUAGGAAACUAAUGGUAUCCCCUGACGUUUGGGAUGGAGAUCUCUGGGGUGAUCUUGAUGACAGUGAGUAAGAAGAUGAUCCUUUGUUCCUCACUUGGGUAAAGA